GAGAUAUAUUGACUAUUGUGACGGCAACUACUGUUUAGUUACAAGUGCCAAUGACAGCAUCAUUUUUAGAGGGUUUUUUAUUCCCCUCUAAAAACUGUGGAGGAAGCGUGCUACAUGCUAAAAAGAGAUUAAAUAAAAGUAUGUGGAAAUUCCAAAAUUUAAGAUUCCUCCUCUUCGCCUCUGUCAUGGAGUUUGUCACAGCUGACGAUCAAUGUAGGACCGAUAUAUACAUAGAAGGAAAGGCUCUCAGGUGUUCGGUCUUCAAAAGAUGGUCAGUGGCGACCCCUCACCUCUGCGAUGUCAAAUGUGAACAAGAGAUCACGUGCCAAAGCUAUAACUACAAUCGAAAAUACCAAAUAUGUGAACUAAAUAACCGCACCAAAGAGGCAAGACCAGAUAAUUUCCUUUCAGCACCCGCGUGGUUUUACAUCCGGCGAUUGAACGGCAGAGCUCCGUUAGGUUCUCUUCCUGAAUUACCGGCGCUGUCUUGUGGCGAAAUAAAGGCGAGUGAAGGUAAACACACCAUAAGCGGCAAGUACUGGCUGGAUCCAACUUGGAGAGGAAAAGCAAAACUGAUUUACUGUGAUAUGGUUAACGAAGAUAUGGAUGAAUGUAAAUUGAACAUCAGUGACUGCGACGUGUAUGCUAACUGUAGCAACACGUUUGGUUCUUACAAAUGCACAUGUAAAGUGGGAUACACUGGCGAUGGACACUCAUGUUCAGAUAUUGACGAGUGUAAAGGAAAUCACUCUUGUCACGUGAAUGCUAUCUGCACGAACACCAAAGGAUCGUACGUUUGUACUUGUCACCCCGGGUAUACUGGAAAUGGACGCGGCUGCACAGAUAUAAACGAGUGUAAAGGAAAUCACUCUUGUCACGCGAAUGCUACAUGUAUGAACACCAAAGGAUCGUAUGUUUGUACUUGUCACCCCGGAUAUACUGGAAAUGGAAGCGACUGCACAGAUAUCAACGAGUGCAAAGGAAAUCACUCUUGUCACGUGAAUGCUACAUGCAUGAACACCCUUGGAUCACAUGUAUGUCAAUGUCAUGCUGGAUAUACUGGAAAUGGACAAAACUGCUCAGAUAUUGACGAAUGUAAAGGAAAUCACUCUUGUCACGUGAAUGCAACCUGCACGAACACCAACGGAUCCUAUCUUUGUGAAUGCCACCCUGGAUUUAAUGGAAAUGGUCAAAGCUGCACAGCCGACCCAUGUUAUAAUUAUCAAAACCUGAGUGACGCCAAUAGAAAGAGCAGUUACGUUACACCGUUAGAUGGACCAUCGUUGUGUGACUACUCACUCCCCGAGGGAUGGUAUCGUUUUGUGGGAGCUGCAGGAACAAAAAUGCCCACAACACAUGUGCCAGCAUUCAGAUGUGGUACAGACUGGUCAGGCUGGUUAGAUGAUGCUCAUCCUACAGUGGAAGAUGGUGAAGUAGGCAGGAAGGUCUGCUUUAGUGAUCGCUCUACCGAUUGCCAAUACUCAAAUAAUAUUUUGUUAAAAAACUGUGGAUCCUACUUUAUCUACGAACUUCGAAAGCCACCUGGUUGUAACUCACGCUACUGCAGUGCUGACUGA